GUUACUUGUUACAAUGUUAUUGCUCUGUUAACAUCAUCCAAUCCAAACCAAACCAAACGCGAAAAGAAAAACCGCAUGACCAAACUUGCCAGCUAGAACAACAACAACCUCGCUCAAGAACCUUAAUCGUGCUUUGUUUCUGACACAACUACAACUCGAGAUGGCGGCAAAGGUGGUGUGCUGCGACACACAGUUCUGGUUGUACCUGGUGGUGAUUGUGGGGUUGGUUUGCUUCUCAGGCCUAAUGGCUGGUCUCACCCUUGGACUCAUGUCUCUUGGCCUCGUCGACCUUGAAGUUCUCAUCAAAUCCGGUCGCCCUCAAGAUCGCAUCCAUGCUUCCAAAAUUUUCCCUGUAGUUAAGAAUCAGCAUCUUUUGCUUUGCACUCUGUUAAUUGCAAACUCCUUAGCCUUAGAGGCUCUUCCUAUUUUCCUUGAUUCUAUUGUUCCUUCCUGGGCAGCUGUCUUGAUGUCGGUCACCCUCAUCCUCGUCUUUGGAGAGAUAAUGCCUCAAGCACUCUGUACUCGAUAUGGGUUGAUUGUUGGAGCGAAACUAGCUCCGCUUGUUCGUGUUCUUCUUGUAGUUUUCUACCCCCUCGCUUACCCCAUCAGCAAGGUUCUUGAUUGGAUGUUGGGUAAAGGACAGGCUGCUCUUUUAAAGAGGGCUGAGCUCAAGACUUUUGUAAAUUUUCAUGGGAACGAGGCUGGGAAAGGAGGUGACUUGACACAUGAUGAGACAACCAUCAUAGCUGGUGCUCUUGAGUUGACUGAGAAAACUGCUAAAGAUGCUAUGACUCCCAUAUCAAAGGCAUUUUCCCUUGAUCUGGAUGCAACUCUUAAUUUGGAGACCUUGAACUCAAUAAUGACGAUGGGUCAUAGUAGAGUUCCAGUUUAUGCAGGGGAGAAAGCAAAUAUAAUCGGGCUUGUUCUGGUUAAAAAUCUCUUCAUGGUUGAUUCAAAAGCUGCAGUUCCUCUAAGAAAAAUGAUCAUCAGAAAAAUUCCUCGUGUUUCAGAGAACAUGCCUCUGUAUGAUAUACUCAAUGAAUUUCAGAAGGGUCACAGUCAUAUUGCAGUUGUGUAUAGUGAUGUAAAUGAGAAUAAAGAAGCACCUGUAAAAAUUAAAGAAGGUGAACAACUUGAUUUUAAGGACAGCUGUAAGAACGGAAAAAACACACCCUUGGGUAAAGGUGCUGAAUUGGAGUCACACGAUACUGCUAGUUGUAAGACCGACAGCAUUUCACAGGUCAAAAAGAGUCCACCAGCAACUCCUGCUUUUAAAAAGCGACAUAGAGGCUGUUCUUAUUGCAUCAUGGACAUAGAUAAUUCCCCCCUGCCAGUUUUUCCACCCAAUGAAGUGGUGGUUGGUGUUAUUACAAUGGAGGAUGUCAUCGAAGAGCUUCUUCAGGAGGAGAUACUAGAUGAAACUGAUGAAUAUGUCAAUAUUCAUAACAAGAUAAAAGUUAACAUGAAUGCUUCUAAGGAAAAGGCUCCUGAUGCAAAUUUGUCGAAGCCUUCAAGUUUAGAAGUUCAAGGACACACACCAACUAAUUCGAUUUCUACAGCUACUUCUGUAACGGGCUCACCAACAACAAUUGAUCAAAUUUCUGAAAGUGAGUCCCUAAGGAAUUAGUAAUUCAUUCAUUUAGAGUAACAUAGAUUUGUGUUGAGAAGGCAGAGCAGUACAUAAUUUCUAGUAAAAGUUUGCCUGUAUGACUUUAUAUUCAUGGUUGCCAGACUCAUGAUUUUUUGGUCCGUAGACUUGAAUUGUAGACUUGUAAGAGUCUACAAAAGAUAAAAGGAUAAGAUGUUAUAUUUCAUGUGCCGGAAAAAAAUGAAAGAAGAACAAUUUGUUGUCCUCGGAAAAA